AUGGCUGCGCUCCUCAAAAAUCCGUCAGGCAACGGCUCGGUGAAACAUUUGAUGAAAAUUGAUGCUGCCAUUAAAAACAUUUUUGGAGUCAAUCUUCGCGAAACUCAAAAAAUGGCUAUCAUUUAUGCCGUUGAAUCCGGAAAGAACUUCUUGUCUCAAGUGAAUACAGGAGAAGGAAAAUCGUACAUUGUUGCAUCGAUUGCCAUCAUCCGAGCGCAACAAUUCAAAUCAGUCGACAUCAUCACAUCGUCUUCGGUGCUUGCUCAACGUGAUGUCAAGGAUAUGCGACCUCUCUAUGAAGCCAUGCAUCUCAAUGUGGCGCACAAUUGCACUGAAGGUUUAGAAGAUCGCAAACAGGCCUACAAAGCAAAUGUGGUUUAUGGUGAAAUCGGUCGGUUUCAAAGAGAUCAUUUGCUUCACGAUUUCUAUCGGAAGAAUAUUCUAGGAGACCGUGAACGACAAAGUAGCUGUGUAAUUGUGGAUGAAGUAGACAAUAUGCUGCUAGAUAACGGCAACAAUAUGCUUUAUCUGUCUCAUAGCGUGCCUGGACUCGAAUUGCUUGAACCGCUCUUUGUGCACAUUCAAAGAAUCAUCUGCAGCCCAACAGCAAGUCGAAGAAAAGAAGAAGCGUUUUCGACAGAUAGUAUUGAAGUACAUAUUUUGAGUGAUUUGUUAGGUAGAAUAUCUAAGGAAGAUUUGGAUUUGCUGGCUCUAACUUCUAUUGCCAAGCAGAAUUGUGCAAACGUUUGGGACAAAUUAAUGAAUAUGGAAAUCAUCGAUUCUGGUGGUUAUUUGAAAAUACAAACGGACGAAGAUUUUUUUGAAGCAUAA